AUGUCGAACGCCACUGAAGCUCUCCAUCGCAGGCUGGCAGAAUUAUCGGAGUCGUUACUCGCCCAUCUCUCCGCUGCACCCUACGCACCACUUGAAGGUUCAUCCAUCUCUGUGAAAUUCGUCCUCCAGUCUCUCCUCCCCAAAUCCGCCGCCGGCGCCGCGGAAUCGCAGCUCCGGGAAUCAAUCAGGAAUUUCGUUCUGGCAUCGGCCUUGCUCGCCGCGUCCAAAUCCUCCGCUCACGAGUUGGUCGCGGAGUUGGCGCCGGAGGUUUUGCUGCUGUUGAAGGACAUUAUUAAGGAGAGUUCCAUUGAUAAAGGUACCGAUGGAGAUGAAGUCUCCGCCGCGUCGGCUAGGGCUCCGGUUGGUUUUGCUAUUCUUGCUGCUUAUCAGCUUAGAUGGUUUGUUACUAAGAUUGAUUAUUCGAACUUGAGGAAGCUAUGCAAUUUCGUGAUUCCAUGUGCAUUGACUGCUCUUGAUCAUUGGUCACCGGAGGGGCAAGGAAUGAUUUGCUUCAUUCGUCUAGGGAAGAAUGUGAAUGCUGCCGAAUUCGGUGUUUACCAGGAUGUUGUUCUUGAUGCUUGCUGCCAUAAUAUUGCAUCUGCUGAUGAGAUAUGGCAUCUUGUGGUGGAAAUCUCUGUGCUUCUGGUGUCUAGCAUCCGGCGAAGUAAUCCGAGAAGCCACUGGUAG